AUGCUGUGUACGUUCACGACGGCCGCUUCUUACUUCAGCGCACCAGGGUCAGAGAACUGGACGGACGUGAUGCCUUACGACCCGGCCGUGUGCUUGAAGGGGGUCUUGUGCUUCGAGAACCACAUCGUCCUCUCCGGAAGGGAGAACGGGCUAUCCCAGCUGUGGAUCCGGGACAUGAGAACGGGCAAGUCGCACCAGGUGGAACACCCAGAACAGGCGUACGCGUGCUACUCCACCUGUAACAUGGUGUUCGACACGAGCACGCUGAGGUUCGGCUACCAGUCCAUGGUCUCCCCACGGGCGGUGUUCGACUACGACAUGGACUCGAAGGCUCGCACUCUGUUGAAGGAAAAGGAGGUCCCCGGGUACGACAGGUCGAUGUAUGAAUGCGAGAGGACGGUGGCCAAGGCUCGCGACGGGGUGGAGGUGCCAAUGUCGAUCGUCUACCGAAAGGACGCGCACCCCGAUGGCUUGGCGGGAGCGAAGGCCCCGUGCAUGCUUUACGGCUACGGCAGCUACGGUGCCUCGAUAGAACCGUCCUUCGACUUCACCAGGCUCAGCUUCCUGGACCGUGGGAUGGUGUACGCCAUCGCGCACAUCAGGGGCGGGGGCGAGAUGGGUCGCCCCUGGUACGAGGACAGCGGGAAGUACCUCACCAAGCGCAACACCUUCCAAGGCAUGCGAAACCAUGAGGGCGCCCCUAAAAUGUCAUUCGGAUCAGAUUUUGUGGACUGCGCGGAGCACCUGGUGGCGGAAGGAGUGACGUCGCCGAAGGGGCUCGCCGUGUGCGGGCGCAGUGCGGGGGGCCUGCUGAUCGGGAACGUGGUUAACAUGCGGCCCGACCUGUUCGCGGCCGCGGUGGCGGACGUUCCCUUCGUCGACCUCAUGAACUCGCAUCCCCGUCCCCCUCUCUCCAUUUGGUCUCACCUCGCCUUCCAGGAAUGGGGAAACCCUAACGAAUUCAAGUACCACGACUACAUGCUGUCCUACUCGCCCUACGACAACGUGCGGCGUCAGCCCUACCCGGCGAUGCUCGUUACGGGGGGGCUCAACGACCCAAGGGUGGCGUACUGGGAGCCGUGCAAGUGGGUGUCCAAGCUGCGGGACUUGGCCACCACAGAUAACCCGCUGUACCUCAAGAUAGGCCACUUCAGCGCGAGCGACCGCUACAAGCACAUGAAGGAACAGGCCUUCGAGUACGCCUUCGUGUUGGAUGUCCUAGGGUGCACGUCUCUCGUCGCCCCAGCAGCAGCGGCGGCGGCGGCGGCGGCGGCAUCAGGGGGGGGGAAUGGAUCGUUCACAGCCCCGGCCUCACCGCGAGCCUCCUCGUAGGGGCUUUGGCUUGGUUUGUACGGUUCGAGAUGCAUGGCCUUCGAGUUUGAGAAAGUUUGGCUGUAAUUUUUGUUUUGUAGAAAUUCCUCCUCUUUUCCCCUGCUUGUGUCAGUCUGGUAGGACUAGGGCUUGUUGAUUACUUCACAAGUGUGUUCGGCGGGAUAUUCCUCUAGGUCGGUUUAUUUCGAUUUUUGCCUUGGUGAGCAAAAGGAAGUUCAUUUUCCUGCCGAAAGGAAGGCGGGGCAUUAUGCUGAUUAUGAAUCACGACGAUUUCCCUGUAGUUUGAAGCUUGAAGACAAGGGAAACAGCAACCGACUUCGGCGUGAGGGGGGCCUCAUAGUCGUGCUGAUUCGCUGAAUUGGACUCCCUACAGUAGUCGGGUUGUAUGCAUACGGUGGAUGGUGUGCAGGGUUUUGUCCAACGGUACUCGAUUAUCCUUUUUUUGGGCGGACACACUUUCGGGGGGUAACGCCAUUCGGCGGGCAGUUUUUCGGCGGUAAACGGCAUUAUUUUUUUGUGUUGCCUUGUUCGGCAUUAACAGCUUGUCGGAGACGGUAGAACCAAACGACGGAAUAUUUUUCGGGUGGAACAUGGGUGGAAGGCAGUGAUCGCGUUUGUCGACAGUAAAGAAUUUGGCGGAAGCGGUAAAUAAACCGGCGGGGUACCGUUACCACCCACCAGGACGGUAUUUUCACGGUGGGUAAAUUACCAUGGUAAACCCGACGGUAUGUUUUUACCCUCCUGGUCGUCUGGUGAUGGAGGGGGGCGUGCUGUGCGGCGCGGGAGAACAUAUACCUUGUUGUGUAAUGGCAUGUCCUUAAAUGUGAGAAGGGCACGGGAGAACAAUAUCUCAUCACGAAAAAAAAAGGAUCUCAUCAUUGCCUCCUGACGUGGCCGCCGAUAGAGGCGUGCGUGUGGUUGGGGCUUCAUCACUGACGACAUGUGGGUGUGUGUUGAAUGCAGUGGGUGGGUAUGGUCGCCUCUCUCGCCCGUGUGUCGGCAGAAGGCAUAGCUACAUUUCCCAUUAAUUUGUAGGCAGCGCGGACCAUAAGUAACGACAGAAUGUAUCAUUUCAUGCAUCAACAUCAUCAUUUUAUGUGGAAAGAGAGGAAUGAGAGGUU